CUUGGCAUACCAGUGACGUGAGAACGCUCCUUUCUCGCCACGCAGUCAAAUCCGACUAACUGUCAAUAUAAUUCGGUUGCCACGUCCUAAUAGAGUCCACAGGUUUUUCUGUCACUACCGGGUUCAUUGCAAAAGCAUGCUCAAAGCCUGCCUACUACAUCAAAGAUCGGAACUAUCGGUGGGGUCUACUGGUAUCCUUGACUCGGUCUUCUUUCGGAGUUCACCAGUACACAACGAAAUAUCUUUUGACAGUGAAAAGAUUCGUCGAAUACCGCAUAAAUAAAAUAUUUCCAUCAGCCAAGUUUUAUGUUAUGUAGUACUUUGACAUUGUGGCAUGGUUUCUGAACUUGAGCCUAUUUUAUCUUCCUUAUUCAUUUUGUCGUCAGUACCGUUUUGCAAACCUGACCAGUACACACCGGAGUUCCUAUCGAAAAGGAAUGAUUGACACUGAAAGACCGCAUGGCCUCACGUGACGAAAAUCCGGGACCGUAAAAGUGACAGUGAAAAGCGUCCAUUUCCCAAGUUGCACCCAAACCCCUGCUCUAACCUCUUUAUUGUAAGUGUCAUUCAUCAUUCGCGAAAGCUAAAAUAUUGUGUGUAGCUCAAAUAUCCAAAGCUUCCAGCACCAAAUCAAGAAUGUUGACUAAUAUCUUCUUCACUUUCGCCCUCGUUGUCUUAUCGAUCACUGAGGUGAGUUCCAUAUCCGACAACGACCAUGCAGCGUCGAUCCUCGAUUCUUCGGACCGUGGCCUGCAAACCUUCAUUGAUAAAUACAACAUAACUUUCCAAAAUGCUGUUUAUGUCUCGGGAGCUUUACGAACAAUCUUUCACCUACAUGCAGGAGAUGAGGCGGCUAGUGGACGGUUUGAGGUAUUCACGGCUCCAGAGAAUGCCGAUCCGACCGGGGAUCCGACACUUCCUGCUACAGUAAUGGAGGCGAGUUUUUCAACGACACUGCUACUGGGAGCGGACUCUUUCUGCGACAAUACCUUUCUCGAAGACAUAAACGUGUCCAGUCCGUUCUACUACGAAAUUGGCGAGUCCCCCGACAAGGAAAUCAAGUUCAUCUUUUGUGUAAUAUUAACCCUCACCCAGGAAAUCGAGGGAACCGUGACAUAUAUGAACUUCAAAGAAGUAGCCAUCCAGAUGAAUGUUGCUUUGAAGGGUACCUUGGGCGUCUCCAGCGUGGACCCGUUCGAAGUAGAUACCGGUGCGGCGGGCACCGACACGGACAACGAUUUGGAGUAUACAGCGAGUGCGGGUCUGUGUAGUACUUUCAGCGGCAACCCCACGCAGGGAGAAAACAUUCCCAUUUGCAUUGUUUCGGAUGACCACCCGUUGGCCAGCAUUGUUUCGGUCCAGGACCUAUCCUUCACGUCAGGUGACAGUCUCACCCAGUCGAUUAUUGCGAGCGGUAGUGCCGCUCCGGGAGCCGCGGACUUGUACGGAGUGCCGGAGCCUUUGAAUGCUGCUCAUUGCCUCGCCAACAAGUGCAUUCAGUACAAUGUGAUGUUGUACGCCAUAAUUGCGACGGUGGGCGACAACUUGGAUAUCACGAUUCGCGGCAACAUAGUGCUGGCAAUUGGCGACGGUACGCGUACGCUACGCGCUCAAUUCAAGCCCACCCGGGCGUUGCAGGACGCGCUCCAUGAACAAGCCUUUAGCUCGACGAUUGUGUUGCCGGCUCUGCCAACGACCGAGUCGGGUGCGGUCUCGACGGUCGGCACGAAGAUAACGGCGGCGAUGGUGUCGUUGGGUGCGGCUCUGGUCAGCGGCUGGAUGUUUGCCGUGUAA